AUGCCGCCUCCCCAAGAUUCCUCCGCCGUACCCCGUCCGGAGGCUGAAGUCAAGGAUGCCCCGAUCAAGGCGGCCGAGGCCCCGACCGAUCUUGAGGAGCCGGUCAAGGCAGACGACGGACGCCGUCAUGUCAUACUUCCGGCACUAACGUCGGGCGAUUCGCCCACCACCACCAAGUACGAGAUCUGGUCCUGGUACAGCUACUACAUCGGCGCCAACGGCCUGGCCCUCUUCAACUUUGGCCCGACCGCCUUCCAGAAUCUCCUGUCUCAGGCCGCGCCGGAAGAUACGGGGCUGCUGAUGUUUGCCGGCCAUGAACGAAAUGUCAACAGUAUUGUCCUCGUGGCAAACGGCAUCUCCUUUGCUCUGCAGGCUGUUCUGUUUCUCUUCAUCGGCGCUUACGCUGAUUUUGGUACUGGUCGCCGGUGGGUGUUAAUCGUUUGGUCUGUUCUCGCCUAUGCUAUUGGCUUCGCCUGGCUCGGUGUUCACGACCCGGAGAAGUGGAAGACUGGUGCUGGUCUGUAUAUUGUCGGCCUCAUCUGCUACCAACUCACCUUGACCUACUGGACGGCUGCCUUCCCAACCCUUGCGCGCAACACCGAAACGCUCAAAGAGUCAGCGCGACAGUAUGAAGAAGGGACCAUCACCCAGCAGGAACUGGACCACCGGGAUGAGAUGGAGCGGAGCAGGCUGAGCAAUGUGGCCUUCUACGUCCAGUCCGUCAGCGAGAUUGUCAUUCUCGCCAUUAUCGUCGGCAUCAUGUUCGGCGUCAAUGUCGAUGCCAGCGCGGCCAACAACAAUUGGGGGCUCUCGGUUCUCGUCGCAUUCGCCACCGCGGUCUGGGUUGUCGUCUCGCUGCCGUGGUUCUUCAUGGAGAAGACAAGGCCGGGUAUGAUGGUGCCUGCCGGCCUGAACAUGUUCACCGUCGGCUUCUGGCAGAUCUACGAGGCCAUGGCCCAAAUGUGGCGGUUGAAGCAGAGCAUGAUCUUCCUCGCUGGGUAUUUCCUGUUGGGUGAUUCUCUCAAUACAACCGUCACCGCGAUUGCCACGCUGCAGAACGAGGUGGUCAGCUUCAACACAUUGACGCUGACCUACCUGCUUAUUGUUGGCAUUGCCACGCAGGCGAUUGGUAUUGGCGGCUUCUGGUGGAUCCAGAAGAGAUUCAACCUCACGGCCAAGACCAUGUUCAACGUCGUCAUGAUAGGCAUCAUUCUCCUCGACGGCUGGGGCAUGAUCGGCAACUGGACCGACCGAUUUGGCUUCCACAACGAGUGGGAGUUUUGGCUGUACCAGGCGUUCUACGGGAUCCUCGUCUGUCCAUGGUACAGCUACUCGCAGAUCAUGAUCAGCUCCGUCACGCCCCGCGGCCACGAGUUCUUCUUCUUCUCCAUCUUCAACAUCAUCGGCAAGGCCUCGAGUUUCAUUGGUCCCUUCAUCAGCAGCGCCAUCAUCGACGCGUCGCCCGGGGGCACCAACAACAGCGCUCCAUUCUACUUCCUCUUCGCCCUGAGCGUGGUAAGUACGGCGGGAAUCUGGACAUUCCUCGAUUUGGAGAAGAGCGCGAGGGAGCAAGAGGUAUUUUUGGCGCAGGAGAAGGCUCGGAUUUGUGGCGAGUCGACCGACGACGAUGCGAAUGUGUGA